AUGAUAAGAGGUUGUUUCUUAUCAGGAGAUACUGUCCUGGUAUGGAGUCCACAAGGUGCCAUUAGUUUAAGGAGGGAUCAUAGGAUCACCGGGUCCCUUAUAGGGGGGCUACCCACCAGCCCUAGACAAAGGGACUACAUGGGACUACCUUUAGAACUCCUGCCUGAAGAAACCAGCCUCCUCUUAAAGAAAGAUUGUACUGAUGCCAUUGAUCAUGUUAACACUGAUACUGUUAACACUGAUACUGAUUAUGUAAAUUGGAAUUGGCCUUCAACAGAUGAAGAGGUCUUGAGAUUUAGAGUUUACUCUGACCUAUGGCAGAAAGGAUAUUACAUAACAUCUGGUUUGAAAUAUGGAGGAGAGUAUCUAGUCUAUGAAGGUGAUCCAGCUAUUGUUCACUCACAUUUUAUUGCUAAACUGCUUCAGUGGGAUGAACCCAUUUCUCCUCUUUCUUUGGUUCAAGAUGGUCGAUUAGGAGGGAAAGUGAAGAAGAACACAAUAUAUUGUACAGUUAAUCCAACUACUGACAAUGUUGAAUAUUUAACUCUUUCAUGGUCAGGAAUUUCUUAA